AUGGCCUACAACAGCUGCUCUGGAAAUUUCUCCUCCCGCUCCUUUGGAGGUUACCUACAGUACCCAGUCUCCUCCUGUGGAUCUUCCUAUCCCAGCAAUCUGCUCUAUAGGGCUGAACUCCAAACUCCCAUCACCCACCAGCUGGAUUCCCCUCUCUACAGUGGCUGUCAGGAGACCUUCGAUGAGCCCGGCUGCCAGUCGUCCUAUGAGCUGUCCAGUCCCUGCCAGAGGUACUGCCACGGCCCGAGGAGCUCAGCGUUCUUCAGACCCUCUGUGGGAUUUGGGUCCAGGGGCUUCCAAUCUUUCGGUUGUGUUUCCCCAUCCCUGGGUUUUGGGUCCAGUGGUUUCCAGUCAGUGGGUUGUGGUCCCCGCCCUUUCUCAUCCUUAGAUUGUAGAUCCAACUUUUACCGCCCAGCCUACUUCUCGUCUAAAAGCUGCCAGUCUGUUUCUUACCAACCAGCCUGUGGAUCUGUCUUCUACUAG